AUGUUCCACGGCAUCCAGGUCGCCAUCAUGCUCGCGCUGAUGACGAACAUCAUCCAGUUCGCCUACUGGAAGCAGCGGGGCAAGUCCCAGAAGCCCAUUUAUCUUCUGUGCCUCGCGACGCUCCUGGUCAUGGUCCAGCCGACGUCGAUGCUCGUCAUCGGGUCCUACCACGACGCGGCGCUGGCCACGGGCGGUUUGUGCAUCUCCCAGAUCUCGCCCGUGACCUACCCCGUGACGAACACGAGCGCGGUGAGGAAGAAGAAGAAGAAGCCCGCGCUGCGCACGGACCUGCGCAAGGCCGGCACGGUGCUGCCGCUGACGCACCGGCCCGUGCCCGAGGGCAUCAUGCGCCCCGACUACGCCGCCGACGGCACGCCGAAGAAGGUGGACCUCCGGCCGUCGUGGAUGAUCGAGGUGAAGAGCGCCAAGGACGUCGAGAUGAUGCGCGCGGCCGGCAAGGCGGCGCGCGAGGUGCUCGACGCCGCGGGCGCCGCGGUCAAGCCCGGCGUCACGACGGACGCCAUCGACGCCGUCGCCCACGCCGCGGCGGUGGCGCGCGGCGCCUACCCGUCGCCGCUCAACUACCACGGCUUCCCCAAGAGCUGCUGCACGAGUGUCAACGAGGUCAUCUGCCACGGCAUCCCCGACGACGUGCCGCUGAGGGAGGGCGACAUCGUCAACGUCGACAUCACGGUCUACAAGGACGGCUACCACGGCGACUGCUCCGAGAUGUUCUACGUCGGCGCCGUCGACGACCGGUCGAAGGCCCUGGUCGACUGCACGUACGAGUGCUGGCAGAAGGCCAUCGAAUUCUGCGAGCCGGGCCGGCCCUACAAGGAGAUCGGGGGCAUCAUCGAGGACGCCAUCAAGGGCACGGGCUACAAAUCCGUCGAGCAGUUCUGCGGCCACGGCAUCGGCAAGCUCUUCCACACGAACCCGAACAUCCUCCACUAUCGGAACAAAGAUCCGAACGGAAUCAUGGCCGUGGGCCACACCUUCACCAUCGAGCCCAUGAUCUGCGAGGGCACGAUCAACGCCAACCUCUGGAAGGACAACUGGACCGCCGUGACGAAGGACGGCGGACGAAGCGCGCAGUUCGAGCACACGCUGCUCAUCACGGAGGACGGCAUCGAGGCGCUCACGGGCAAGCUCGACGACUCGCCCCUCCAGCCCUGGGAGGAGACGCGCGGGGGCUUCAAGACGAAGUGGGCGAAGCCCGCGGACGUCGUCGAGGACGCCCUCGACAAGCUCGCGGCGCCCGACGGCGCCGCGCGCGCGCCGGACCCCGCGGAGGCGCUCUUCGACGGCUGGGGCGCGUCGUCCGGCGACGGCGCGGCUUGGGGCGCGGCGCCCGACGGCGACGCCGCGGACUGGUCCGCGGACGCGACCGAGGCCUGGUCCGGCGACGCGGCCUGGGACUCGGGCGCCGACACGGCGUCGAUCCUCUGGGGCGACGCCGACGACGUCGCCGACGACGUCGCCGACGACGUCGAGGACGACGUCGAGGAGCCCGCGGCCGUCGAGGCCGUCGAGGUCGAGGUCGACGCGGACGAGCUGCUAGACCUCUUCGCCGACGAGGCGGCGGAGCAGUACGAGGAGCUCUACGAGGACGAGCGGCUCGGCGUCGCGUGCUCCCACGAGCUCAUCGACGAGGACGAGGACGGCGACCCCGUGAGCCUCUGCUCGAGCUUCACGUACACGGCUGUGUACGUCGACGAGGCGACGUGCGUCGGCUGCACCAUGUGCGCCACCAUCGCGCCCCAGACGUUCCUCAUGACGGACGACCACGGGCGGGCCCGGUCCUUCAACCAGGAGGGCGACGACGAGGAGACGAUCCGCGAGGCGAUCUCGACGUGCCCCGUCUCGUGCAUCCACUACGUGCCCUGGGACGAGCUCGUGGCGUUGGAGCGGAACCGCGAGGCCGUCAUGUUGAGCUACAACUUCAAGGGCCGCCUCGUGGGCAACGAGGGCCUGGGCAUCGCCGCCGACGGCGCGGGCGAGGCUUUGCAGGAGAUCUCGACGAACUCCGCGCUCCGCUGCAACAACUGCCCGACGAACGAGUGCCGCGACUGCCCCAUGUUCGGCGUCGGCGACCGGGCCAACGGCGCCCUCUGCGGCAACUGCCCGUCGAACGGCUGCCAGGGCUGCCCCCGGGCCAUGGAGUACCCCGAGUUCUCGAAGCGGCGCGCGCGGCGCGACCGGAAGCGGCGCGCGCUCGAGCGCACGCGCAAGGAGGAGGCCGCGGCGGCGCUGAACCUCGAGGACCGCAACGUAUGGGGCGUCGCGGUCCUGCCGGACGGCCGCGUCGUCUCCGGGUCCCACGACAAGUCGCUCAUCGUGUUUUGCGUCGCGGUCCUGCCGGACGGCCGCGUCGUCUCCGGGUGCAGCGACGAGUCGCUCAUCGUCUGGGACCCGACCGACGGCCGCCGCCUCCGUGAGGUGUGGUGCGUCGCGGCCCUGCCGGACGGCUGCAUCGUCUCCGGGUCCGACGACAAUUCGCUCAUCGUCUGGGACCCGACCGACGGCCGCCGCCUCCGCACGUUCACCGGCCACUCGAACGACGCGCGUUAUGUCUAUUGCGUCGCGGCCCUGCCGGACGGCUGCAUCAUCUCUGGGUCCGGCGACCAUUCGCUCAAG